AUGUCCACCAUCCAAGGACACAACCACCACAACAACAACCGCACCCCGCAUCAACAGCCUACCCAACAGCCGUCCGGUCCACCAGGGCCUCAUCCCAACCCGUGGAUUUCGCAGACAACCCCUGAGAAAUCUACUCAGCAUUCUUCCUCUGCCCAGCCGCAAGCUCAAGGCCCGAAACUUCUGGCCCCUUUCAUCAGGGGGUCAGCAAGUGGGCAGCCUCUGCGAGCUGGGCUUGGGACCGCGACGGCUGUGGCUCCGGUCCACCAGGCACCCAUGCCAGUUUCGGUGUCUUAA